AUGAUCUCAGACAUUCUGAUUGAAAGUGACCUAAUGGACUCUCUAAGGGCUAUUGGAACACCUAACUUCUUUAGAGUUACUCGGGGUUCUAUCUUCAAUGGUCUUGACUUGCUGAGAAUGGAACUUGUCAAGGAAAUAACUGCUGUUCCCUUUGACACUAAACACAGAAGAAUUCCUGUUGCAGGCUUCUCUACUUUAUUUCAAGCAGAACUUUGCCAGGCAGUUAAAUUUUAUUUGGAGGCUUCUGUGAGAAAUUCAUCGUCUAUUAAUUCUGCAUGGAUUCGCGAAAGAGUAAAAAUUGAAGAAACAGUUGCUGUAGAGGUUGAGAAAAGGUUGAAAGCCCUAAACAUUGGUGCUCAGAAAGUGGCUCAGAUUGAAGAUAUAAAAUUUUUGAAGCAAAAUAAUCCCUACUCCAACACAUACAAUCCGAGAUGGAAGAAUCAUCCCAACUUUGCAUGGAGAGAUCAGAAAGGGAAUUUGCAACAGCAAGUGCCGGGCCAAUAUCAAAAUCAAUACCAGCAACAACAACAAGCACCAAAGAAAGCAGAUUGGGAGAUUACAAUAAAAAAGAUGGCAGCUCACAACAUUCAGUUCCAGGAGGAAACCCAGAAUAAUCAGAAGAACACUAUAGCAUCUAUUAAAAAUCUUGAGAUCCAGAUGGGGCAAAUAGCUCAACAAUUAGCCUCCAGUUCUCAGGCACCUGGUACACUUCCUAGUGGAACUGUGGUGAAUCCACGUGAUCAAAGCCAUAUAAAAGCAGUGGUGACUAGAAAAGGGAAAGCUAGUGAAAAGCAGGUCGAAGACCAGGUGGAAGAAGAGGGGAUUCUUGAAGUAGAUUUAGAGAUUAGAGAGGAACAGAAACAAUCUGAAGAAGCUAUGGUGAAACCAGCAAGCCAACAAGAGAAACAAAAACCAAAGAUCAUUCUUCCAUUCCCUACAAGAACAAAGAAGAAAGACCUCAAUGAAAAGAGUUUCGAGAAGUUCUUGAAGUUGUUCAAAAAGCUCGAGAUCAACAUACCUUUUGCGGAAGCUUUAGAACAAAUGCCAAUAUAUGCAAAAUUUAUGAAGGACAUCAUAUCAAUGAAGAGGUCAAUUGAAGCUGAACCAAUUUUACUAAUUGAAACUUGUAGUGCUAUUUUGCAGGGUCUUAAAAUUCCUGUGAAGAAGAAAGAUAGAGGUGUUGUCACUAUUCCAUGCACUAUUGGAGAUAGAUCAUUCAAGAAGGCACUAAUCGAUUUGGGAGCAAGUGUUAGUCUAAUGACCCUGUCGAUUUAUAAAAAACUGGAAUUAGGAGAAGUGCAAGAUACUCGUAUAACACUUCAAUUUGCGGAUCAUUCGAUGAAGCGACCCUAUGGUAUUGCCACAAAUGUUCUAGUGAAGAUUGACAAGUUCAUAUUCCCGGUAGAUUUUGUCGUGCUCGAGAUGCCAGAAGACGAAGAAAUUCCACUCAUUUUGGGGAGACCUUUUCUUGAAAUAGGGAGGUGUAUGAUAGAUAUUGAGGAAGGAACUAUGACUCUCAAGGUUUAUGAUGAAAAGCUGAAAAUUGAUGUGAGAAACUCUAUGAAAUUUAAAGAAGAUGAAGGGGAAAUUAAAGAUAUUGAAGUACUGGACACCAUGCUUGCUAAGUCUAUGCAAUUCACAACACCCGAGCUACCCCUAGAAAGAGUUUUGAGCUUAUCUAUUUCUGAUACUUCUGAAGGAAUAGAUGAAAAAGAAUCUGAAGUUAUAUCCAUGUUGAAAGCACAACCUCCUUUGACGCACUCUCGCCCACAAAGGUGGGAGGAACUAAAACCCGAAGUAUCUUCUGAAGAAAAGCAAGACAUCAAAAAGGGGAUCGAGCUAAAACAAUUACCAGAACACCUCAAGUACAUUUUUCUGGACAAUGAAGAGAAAUGUCCAGCCAUAAUUAAUUCAGGUUUGAGAGAAAUCCAAGAAGAAGAGCUACUCAAAGUACUUAAAAAAUACAAGGGUGCCAUUGGUUGGGCGAUGGAGGAUUUGAAAGGAAUCAGCCCAACACUUUGCAUGCACAGAAUAUUGAUGGAAGAUGAUCAGAAACCAGUUGUUCAACCUCAACGGAGACUUAACCCAACGAUGAAAGAAGUUGUUCGAAAAGAGGUUGUUAAAGUCUUAGAUGCUGGUUUAAUCUACCCAAUAUCUGAUAGUUCUUGGGUGAAUCCUGUUCAUGUAGUACCAAAGAAAGGGGGAACAACUGUGGUAAAGAAUGAAAAGAAUGAAUUGAUUCCCACUCGAACAGUCACAUGUUGGAGAUGCGAAGGAGCUUUUGAGACCCUAAAGAGCAGGUUAGUGUCGGCUCCCAUAGUUAUAUCUCCAGAUUGGUUUCUACCUUUUGAGAUCAUGUGUGAUGCAAGUGAUAUAGCAUUGGGUGCGGUGCUUGGUCAAAGGAAGGAAAAGCUCUUGCAUGUGAUAUACUAUGCAAUUCAUGUGCUCAACCCAGCUCAAAUGAAUUACGCUACAACAGAGAAGGAGCUGUUGGCAGUGGUGUAUGCCUUUGACAAAUUCAGAUCGUACUUGUUGGAAACUGAAGAAAAGCACCCAAUCAAGGAUGAAUUUAUUGAUGAACGAAUCCUCGCUGUGAUUGGUGUUCCGUGGUUUGCGGACUAUGCAAAUUAUCUGGUAGGUGGAAUAAUCCCUGACGAUUUUGAUUCUAAUAAAAAGAAAAAGUUUCUUCAUGAUUGCAGGUUUUACUUGUGGGACGAACCAUUUUUGUAUAAGAAAGGAGUAGACAGACUAAUUCGCAGGUGUGUCCCGGAAGAGCAACAAGAAGUCUUAAAAGCUUGUCAUGAUUCGAAUUAUGGAGGACAUUUCAGUGGAGACAGGACAUCAGAAAAAGUACUCCAAUCAGGGUUGUACUGGCCUACUUUGUUUAAAGACGCCCAAAUGACAGUAAAGGAAUGUGACAGAUGUCAGAGAACUGGAAACAUCUCUAGGAGAAAUCAGAUGCCCCAAAAAGGUAUCCUUGAAGUAGAGUUAUUCGAUGUUUGGGGGAUUGACUUCAUGGGACCAUUUCCACCUUCCUUCGGAAAGAAUUACAUUUUAGUAGCGGUGGAUGAUGUCUCCAAGUGGGUGGAAGCUGUCGCUUUACCUACUAAUGAUGCAAGAGUAAAGGUGAACUUUCUCAAGCACAACAUUUUCUCAAGGUUUGGAAUGCCAAGGGCAUAUAUCAGUGAUGAAGGAACUCAUUGA